CGCGCGCGUUUGAGAGCGCCUGAGACCAGAAGAGAAGCAGAGUUGUCCACAGGGUGUAGCUUUUACCGCGUCAUGCAAAAGAAACGCGGUGUAUGAAUGAUCCUCAGCAAGCAUAUAAUCAGGCGAACAGGAAUGGAGUUCUCACUGGGCUGGCGGCUUUUAAUGAUACGCGUAAUCGCUUUACUGCUUCAAGGGGUGGUACAUGGAAGCGCCGAUGAAAGUGAGUAUCGACUGACGCGGCACUUGAUGACUGACUACGAUGCCUCCGUACGACCUGUCGAGAACAGCUCUUUGCCGCUCAAAGUCAGUAUAAGCAUCGCCCUUCACAACAUCAUUGACGUUGAUGAGAAAAACCAAAUCCUUACGACAAAUUGCUGGAUGUCGUAUACCUGGAUGGACCACCAUCUCAAAUGGAACGCCUCCGAAUUCGCCGGAAUCAAAGUUGUCCGAAUCCCACACAAACAGGUCUGGACUCCGGACAUCAUCCUUUACGACAACGCGGACUCUCAGUACAGCCGCGCGGUGAUCAGCACCAACGUGAUCGUGUAUAGCGACGGAAAGAUGCUUUUACUUAGCCACGGAAUCUUUCAUAGCACUUGCGACAUCAACGUUGAGUACUUCCCCUUUGAUGUCCAAAGCUGCCAAAUGAAAUGGGCUUCCUGGAGCUAUGAUGGUAAUCAGAUUGACUUGGAAUUGAUAAGAGAACACGGUGACGUUAGCAACUACCAGCCAAACGGCGAGUUCGACCUGAUCAGUUAUGAGGCUGAGCGACAUGAGAAAAUUUACACGUGCUGCCCAGAGCCAUAUCCUGACAUCACUUACACUAUUCGCAUCCGCCGACGGCCACUCUUCUACGUCUUCAACCUUAUUCUACCUUGCAUGCUCAUCAACGCAAUUGCGUUGCUUGUGUUUUAUGUGCCUGCUGAAAGUGGAGAGAAGGUGACGCUCGGUAUCUCUGCGCUGCUUUCCACAACCGUCUUUCUCAUGACCAUCCGCGAGAGCCUACCACCUACUGAGAAAACUCCGCUCAUAAGUGUUUAUUAUGGCGUGAGCAUCUGCCUUGUGUCGUUCGCCUGCGGUCUAAGUGUUAUUUCCCUGAAUGUGUACCACCGAGGAGUUCACGGCAUUCGCGUUCCCAUGUGGGUAAAGCGUCUGGUGCUUGGUCCGCUGGCGCGAAUCGUCUUUAUGGACUGUAACGUUCUGGAAGCACCUAAUUCCCCUCAUCAAUCCGUUCCGGGACCAAGACGGGAGUUUCAGGAGGAGGCAAGAGCAGCAAACCGUCAAAUCGAUACCUCAUUCAGCAAAUCGGACAACCGUGCGCAGAAUAAUGACCACGAGUCCAGCGAUAGCAAUCUCUCGCCGUUCUUUGCGCCCUGCAGAAAGCGCAGGGACUCCAUUUCCAUUAGCCAAGAUCGAGCAGAAAGCUUGGAGGGUCAGUUCCUGGGCACCUUGCAAAAAAUCAACAGAGCCCUGGAGCGCAACGAGUCGCGCUUGAUGGACCGCGAGCGGUGUGAAGGCGCAGCGCGCGAGUGGAAACAAGUGGCGCUCGUGUGCGACCGAGUGCUGCUGUGGAUCUUCCUCUUCACCACUGCCGUCGCCACCACAGCCAUCCUCACAUCCAGCCCAUAUGGUCCCUGAACGUAGAUACCCUUGCUUUUUGAGAAACGUUCUAGGGUAGUUUGUAGAACGGCUUAAAAUCUUUUUGUUCGGCCUGCAUGUGCGUCUAUAUCGGUAGCGCCUUUAAUAUUUUAAAAUAAUCUCCUGCUAAAAGAUUCAAAACACGCGUUCCCAUAAAUUAAAUUAAUGUAAUAACAACUAAACCUAUUAAUCGCGAUUCAACAAAUGGCAUCGAAUGAAAUGGAAUAUCAUGUACUUUUUGGGGCUUUUUUAUUUAGUAAGCUGGUCAGGUUUCCUUUGAUUUCACAUUAAACUUUUUGUGGGGGUUUUGUGGAAAAUAGAAUAUCAAUGCAUUUUAGAUUGAAAUUUUUUACAUCUACUUUUCCAUGGCUUGUUGAGCCCAAACUAGUGUUGUACUUUCUUAAAAACUGACAUGGUAAAAGCAGAGAUCAAGUGAACAUUUUGCAACUGAAUAGCGCUUUUGUAUUUUUUUUUAAAUUUAUGGGAAAUUGCAUUAAUAAUUACA